CCAUUCAAGCAGGCUAACACAAGUUCUCAGCUAGGUUAGCAUGACACCUAGUUAGCUUUGCUUUGUCACUGAGAACACAUUGCUUUUAGAUUCUUGUGCACUUUAAUUAACCUAUGGACAUUUCCUGAAAUAACUGAUAUAUUAUCUUUGCCCUAAACAGUGCAGGUUCGCACUAGAUCUAUUAUUAUUUCACCAACUUAUUUCCGUUGACAAGCUUAGUAAGCUAACACCGCUAAUUGAAUGGUAUGGUGGUUAGCUGGUUAGCGUAGCAUUUCAGUAUUAGCUAGUCCUUAGCUAGCUGAUUCAGCAUAACAAAAAUAAAACGAAGCCGGAAAACAUGUCCUGUGCAUGCACUUCAGCGGCACGAUUGCUCAUAAAUUCAGCUCACAAAGGGUUCUCAGGUUCCAGAGUGCAGCUGCUCUCUCUGAGCCGGCCAGCGACUCAUGAAAUCCGUCUGACACGAAGCGUCCCUGUCAGGCCCUUCUCCGAGUCAUCCGUGUAUUAUGCGUCUAAGGACGGAAUCAAAGAUGGAGAUGGUGGAAAGAAAUCUGUGAGUGAAGGAAGUGGCAAAAGAUCCAGCUCGGGCAACUCGGGGAAAGGUGGCAGUCAGCUUCGUUGCCCCAAAUGCGGAGAUCCCUGCACACAUGUGGAAACAUUUGUUUCCUCAACUAGAUUUGUCAAAUGUGAAAAAUGUCAUCACUUUUUUGUGGUGCUCUCGGAAACGGACACUAAGAAGAGUCUGAAUAAAGACCCUGAAUCAGCCGCUGAAGCUGUGAAGCUGGCCUUCCAGCAGAAACCCCCACCACCCCCCAAAAAGAUCUAUGCCUAUCUCGACAAGUAUGUUGUGGGUCAGGACCAUGCAAAGAAGGUGCUGUCAGUGGCUGUGUACAACCACUACAAACGCAUUUAUAACAACAUGCCAGCCAGCUCCAGACAGCACCAGGCAGAGGUGGAGAAGCAGGCCUCUCUCACACCCCGAGAGCUAGAGCUAAGACGUCGGGAGGAUGAGUACAGAUUCACAAAGCUGCUGCAGAUUGCAGGGAUCAGCCCCCAUGGUAAUGCUUUAGGAGCCUCCAUGCAGCAGCAGGUGAACCAGCAGGCCCCACAGGAAAGAAGAGGAGGAGAUGUGCUUGACUCCACCCACACUGACAUCAAGCUGGAGAAGAGCAACAUCGUAUUGCUGGGCCCCACAGGCUCUGGUAAAACUCUUUUGGCCCAAACUCUGGCUAAGUGCCUGGAUGUCCCUUUUGCGAUCUGUGACUGCACAACCCUCACGCAGGCCGGCUACGUAGGCGAGGACAUUGAGUCGGUCAUUGCCAAGCUGCUGCAGGAUGCCAACUAUGUUAUUGAGAAGGCUCAGCAGGGUAUUGUUUUCUUGGAUGAAGUCGAUAAAAUUGGCAGUGUGCCCGGGAUCCAUCAGUUGAGAGAUGUGGGUGGAGAAGGUGUGCAGCAGGGAUUACUCAAACUCCUGGAAGGCACUAUUGUAAACGUUCCUGAAAAAAACACCAGAAAGCUGAGAGGAGAGACUGUGCAAGUUGAUACUACGAACAUCUUAUUUGUAGCUUCUGGUGCUUUCAACGGGCUGGAUCGUAUAAUCAGCAGAAGAAAGAACGAGAAGUAUCUAGGCUUUGGAGCACCAUCUAGCCUGGGUAAAGGCAGAAGGGCAGCAGCUGCAGCCGAUGUGGCCCACAUGACUGGUGGAGAGGUGGACGCCGUGGCCGAGAUUGAGGAGAAGGACCGGCUCCUGAAGCAUGUGGAGGCACGUGACCUCAUCGAGUUCGGCAUGAUACCCGAGUUUGUGGGCCGCCUGCCUGUGGUGGUGCCGCUUCACAGUUUGGAUGAGGACACACUCGUCCGCAUCCUGACUGAACCCCGCAACGCCGUGGUGCCCCAGUACCAAGCCCUCUUCAGCAUGGACAAGUGUGACCUCUCUGUGACCCCUAAUGCUCUGCGGGCUAUUGCUAGAAUGGCACUUGAACGGAAGACAGGAGCCCGAGGACUUCGAUCCAUAAUGGAGAAGCUGCUACUGGACCCCAUGUUUGAAGUCCCUCACUCAGACAUCGUAGCCGUGGAAGUAAACGAGGAAGUGGUACUGGGGAAAACAUCACCUCAGUAUGUAAGAACCCCGGCAAAAGAGGCAGCAGAGGACGAGUAUGACUCUGGGAUGGAAGAAGAGAACUGGACCAGGUUGCAGGUUGAUGCAGCCAAGAAUUGAUACAAUCAAAGUAAUCUUGUUCAUGCUUCUUGUUUAAGCUUUAAUGAUGACCUGUUUAAGUCCAUUAAGUGAUUAUUUGAGACGCGAGUACUUCUGAGGGCUCACGUACACACAGAAAUACAGCCCUAAAUGAUCUGUCCUAAUUUGUAAGCUGUAAGUUACAGUGUGGUAUAUUGCAUAUAUCCUGAAUUUCGUGAAGAAAAUAGUGUUUAAGAGAAAUGUACUAAAUUAACUACGCCUCGGAGUGAGCGACUGUUAAUAUUAAAUGUAAAAAAAAAUAUUUUAUUCUUUACUAAAUGAAUAUGACUUGUUUUGAUUUUUAUGCGCUCUUUUUGAACCAGAUAGUUAUGGAGAUUCACUCAGAAAGCAAAAUCCACAUCCAGUCAUUUUCCUUUACUAAUUAAACACGUUGGUCAUAAUGUCCCACGCAGCAGUGUAAUUAUGAUAGUUAUCAGCCGAGGUACUUUAAUUCAUUAUACAUGUUAGUUGACAGUGCUACAUGGCUCUUUUAUAGGGAAAUGACUCUGUAUUGUGGCGACCCACAUGAGCUUCCUACCAAAACUACUUUGGAAUAAGUUUUUACAGUUCUUUAUCAGAGUAUCUGCUGCUUUCACUGUUACUCAGUAUUUUUGUGCAUGGGUUUAUUUUAUGGACUGAUUUCACUGAUCAACUAAAGGCUGAUACUGAACACUGCUGACUCAUUGGUCCUUUGUUAGCUGGAAUGUAAGUAAUGUCUUCUUGCUGUAACACAUUACACGGUUCCUCCAUUUAAAUGCGUUCGGUUUUGCUUCAAGAGUAACCCACUUUUCUCUCCUGCUUGCUUGUGUGUGUGUGUGUAUAGUCUACAACUCGAUUGUAGCCUUAAAUCACUUUCUUCCUCAGAACAGUUUGGUGUAGCACCACUCAUUCUGCAGUUUUAUUAAUACAAGUGGUAUCACUGAGCCAAAUAAUGUUGAUUUUUUUUUUUUUUUUUUUUUUUUUUUU